UCCAAGUGAUCCAAAACGAAAGGUAAUAUGGAUCAAUAAUAUAGGCAAAGUUAAUUGGGAAGCAACCAAGCAUUCAUAUAUAUGUGAAUUACAUUUUGCGAAUGACACAUGGGAGAAAACCCGAGUCGACAGAAAACGGAAGUUGAAAUGCAACGCUGUGCCCACAAUUUUCUCUGUUCCAUCGGAAAGAAGUGGCACGUGUAUUAUUACGAACGAUAGUACUAAUAAAUCUGUGGAAAUACAGCCUAAUAUAAUGUUCGAAACAUUGGAUCAUCAAGCAUCAAUUCAUGAAGACGUUACCACGAAACAAAAUAACUGUCUCGGAUCAGAUGUUUCUGAUAUUACUCCAUUGAUAUCGAAUCCGUCCAUUUCUAGCCAUUCAAACGAAACAUGCAACGAAGUUGAUGACGUUCAAUGGCUGAAGAAACAACUGGAAGAAGCAAACAAAAAACUUGAUAUGGCCAACAAAAUUAUCUUGAAAAGUAAUCAAUGCAACUAUCUGUUAAAGAAGCAGGUUAAGAGGUUAACUACAAUGCAAAACAAUUCAAAGGCUCAAAAUGAUCACAGUUUGGAAUCAUCAUUGAAGCGAUUAUUUAAUGAUGAUCAGAUUAAAGUUCUCACGAAUAAAUCCUCACGCGGCUGUGUGUGGUCGAACGACACCAUAAAAACAGCACUUCGGCUGAAGUUUUCCUGUGAUUCUAAUGGUUAUCAGGAGUUACGAAAGCAAAAUAUGCCUUUACCGUGCGAACGUACACUCCGAAGGAAAUUAGAACAUAUUCAAUUUGAAGAAGGAAUUUGUGACGAUAUCUUUAAGUUGUUAGAAGACAAGAUAUCUCAGUUUCAAGAUGUUAGAGAAAGAGAUUGCAUUCUUGUAUUAGACGAAAUGUCUAUUGCACCAGGUGAAAGUGUUGAAGCUACGCAUGGUUUGAUUAUUGUGCUUGCUGGAAUAUUUUCACGUUGGAAACAAAAUAUUGCUUUAUAUUUUACACCUGAAAGUUAUGAUGGAGCAUUGCUACAUCCUAUCGUGCUUGAAAUUAUUCAAAAAGCUGAAUCCAUCGGACUUUAUGUACAUAGCGUUGUAAACGAUAUGGGACCAAAUAAUUUAGCGAUGUGGCGUACAUUUCGUGUUGGUUUUGCUGGACGCCAUUCACUAAUAACGAACUCAAUUAUCCAUCCUGUAGAUAAUAAUCGGAAGCUUUGGUUUAUCGCUAAUACUGGCCAUCUGUUAAAGAAUUUAAAAUACUGCUUGCUUAAUAACAAAAUCAUUACCUUGCCUGAGAAAUUCACGAAUGCUAAUAAUCUUUCGUCUUCUGUGGUUUAUUGUUCGCAUUUAGAAGAACUGGCUGAACUUCAAGAAAAUUUACAACUAAAAUUAACUUCGAAAAUAAAAGUAGAUGAUUUUUCAAGUAGUACUUUUCAGAAAAUGAAAGUCAAUAAAGCUAAGAAUUUUUUUUCUCGCGAUGUUAGUGGCAGUCUAAAAUUUAUAACGACGCAAGAUCCUAAAAAAGAGUAUCAGACGACAGCCUUGUUCAUUGAAAUCAUUUCAAAAUGGUUUACGGUGAUGACUUCACAUACUCCAAACCUCGCAUUGAGAAAACUUCCACGUGAUGAAGUAUCUAAAAAUAAAUUUGAACAAACAAUAGCAUUUUUAGAAUCUAUUAUAGACAUUUUCCAAGAAAUGUUAGUUGGAAACGGUAUGCAAUUUAAACCUGUGCAACGUGGAGUCAUUAUUACCAGCAAGUGGCCGAUUAACAUCAGACUGUGUUGA